GACGUCUUUUCGUAGCGGCUGCCGGUGCGGCCCCACGUGGUGGUGGAAGCGGGUCGCGGAGUGGGGGCUGCGUCCGGGCCCGACAUGAAUCCUUUCGCCUGGUACCCGCCGCCCCCGCCGGGGCUCCCCCCGCCCUUCUUCUGCCCGCCGCCCCUCUGGGAGCCCGGCUUCUGGACGCCCGCCGGGCCCUACCCGCCGCCUGGCAGCUACCCGCAGCCCGCCGAGAGCUACCCGCAGCCCGGCAGCUGCGCGCCACCCGCUGCCUGGAACCCGCCGGCCUACGGGGAGCCGCCGCAGGGCCCGCACGCUGGUGGAAAUGGUAAUUUCUCCCAGAAAUGGCAAGGCAAGCAAGCUCCUGGGUUUACUAAACAUCUUCCAGAAGAAAAUAACAAGCCAAAGACCAAAAAGAAAAAAGAGCCUAUUUUCUCUCAUUAUUGUGAUACCUGUGACCGUGGCUAUAAAAACCAGGAGAAGUAUGAUGAGCAUGUUUCACAACACAAACAGUGCACAGAAGAAGGUUGCAGUUUCAGCGCACAUGAGAAGAUAGUUCAGAUACACUGGAAGAAUGCACAUGCACCUGGUGCUAAAAGAAUAAAAUUAGAUAGUCCAGAAGAGAUUGCUAGAUGGAGAGAAGAAAGAAAAAGAAAUUAUCCUACAUUUGCAAACAUCGAAAGGAAGAAGGCGAUGCAGAUAGAGAAGGAAGAAAGGGGAGAAGUACUGACUACCCAACAGUUUGGCAAAAUGAAGGGGAUGUGGAAACCUCCAGAAAAUGAAGAGAAGUUUGGGCAGCGAGGAAGGCAAAGGAGAAGACAAAGGCGCCCGUUCUGGAAGAAAUUUAGAAAAAAUGAUGGUGAUUAUAAUGUACAUAGAACUCAAAAUGAAGCCAAUGGACCAGAAAACAGCAUAUGUGAAAAGGAACAUGAAAACCAGCAUGCUUCAGCAGCUCAGCCCGAUGUGAAGGACACAGAUCCUCUGAGUUUUCUGGCAAACAGUGAUGUUGAGUCCGACAAGGAUGAAGCAGCAGCUGAAGACAGGAGGCUGGGAUUGACUGUUGUUCCCAAGCAGGUCACCUCUGCCCUGAGUUCAUUGUCGGCCAACUACGGCAGCGCAUCUGACAGUGAGCCUGAAGAAAUCUCUGUCAAGACUGCAACAAAAGCUGAGAAAAACCAGGCUGCGCUCAGAAAUACACCGCAAACUACUUCUGUUACUUGGAGUCGAAACUGGAAUCAGAAACGCUCAGAAUAUGCAGGCACAAUGUUAAGAAGCUCGAAUUCAAAUGCACGUCGCCCCAGAAGGCCUGAUAACUGGGGCAAGAAAACAUUACCUCUCCUUCCAAAGCGCCGUCCAACUCUUCUGGAAAUGUUACUGGCCCAGGACAUCCGACAUGAAAGGAAUGUGAUUUUGCAGUGUGUUCGAUACCUCAUCCAGAACAACAUGUUUGGACUUCAUUGUAAAACAGAACCACAAGCUGAAUCAGAGACUGAACAGUCCACUACAACCACAACAGAGUCUUUGAUGGACAAACUUGAUGAAUCUAAUCAUUCUUGUAGCUCUGACCUUCAGUUAGCAGGAGGAGAAGAUGAUACAUUAUUAAUAGCCCAGGGUGAGAAAGUGCCCAUGGAUCAGACUUCACAGAUUGUUCAUGUGGCAGAUGAGGACACAUGGGAAACCCCAUCAAUUCAGUGUGAAGAUGCAGUGUAGAAUGGAUGUCUGUUGUGGACAAUAAAGCACAGGCUAACAUCUUCUGCCUGACUCAUACUGGUGUCUUUCAAAAAGCAAAAUAAAAUAAUCAUUUAAGUACA